AUGGCGGGUCAGGCCAACACCCACAAUAAUGGUCCUAUUGACCACAACGACCUCAACGAGUGGAAGGACCGUUUCAAUGACGUUCUCGCCCGUCCGAGUGAACACAUCAACUCCAAGUCUCAUCCCGAGACUUCCCAACCUUGGCAUAAUGGCUUCUUCAGCUGCUUCAGCCCUAUUGACCUUUGCGCUAUAACUUGCUGCGUCCCUUGCGUGACGUUUGGCAAGACCCAUUACCGUCUUCGGAAAAACGGCAGCCUGCAGGGCUAUGAACCUAUCAAUACUUCUUGUCUCAUGUUCUGGGGAUCUACUUGUUUUGGUCUUCAUUGGAUCCCCCUCGCCCUUCAGCGCGCCAACCUUCGCGAAAAACAUAAUCUUGAGGGCAGCUGUCUGGUCGAUCUUGCUACUGCUUGCUGCUGUGGCUGCUGCGAUCUGAUUCAACAAGAGAAGGAAGCAGAAUUUCGUGAGGCUCAGGCUGCUACUGCCCACGCAGGUAAGGGCUACGAGGCCAACGCGGCAAUGAGCGUCCCUGCCUGA